AUGCAGAAUGCCUGGUGCGCUAUCCGCGGGGCCGUCAACGAAAUCAAUGCGGUUCUGCUGUCAGAAGACGACGAUGAUGAGGAGGAUGAGGAGCAGCAAGCAGCAGACGCAGCAGCAGCAGCAGCAGCAGUAGCAGCACCAGAUCGCAUUCCAUCAGAAAGAGAUUUGCCGCUGCUGCUGCAGCAGCAGCAGGCGCAGAAUGAGGCUGUAACUCGCCAAUUGGAGUUAUCAGAGGCUGAGACAGCAAAGUAUGCCCAGCAGUUAGCAACCCUCCGUAAGGAAUGCCGUCAACUGCGUUCGCGUCUCUCUACUCAGCAGCAGCAGCAGCAACAGCAGCAGCAGCAGCAAAAGCAGCAUCUAGAGAACGGCGGCGACUCUGUUGCACCUCCAGCAGCAGCAGGAGCAGCAGCAGCAGCAGCAGGAGCAGCAGGUUCAAGCCGGGAGAGCAGCAACAUUGGCAGCAACACCAUAGAGGAUAUAUCCCAGCCACUGCAGCGGCUAGCUCAGGCCUUAAGGAUACCAGCUAGCCAGCUAGCUAGCCAGCUAGCUAGCUGCGGAGGAGACACAUGGGAUGUAUUUGAGGACCUCUGCUGCAGUCUUGAAAGAAUUGUUAAACAGGCAGAGUUUGUUAAUAUUGAAUGGGAGCAUACUAGAGGUUCCCCUACCUUCCAGAGUCUUCUUUCUCGUCCUUUGGUGCGAAGUUUGCCAUCCGAGUUGCAUCGAUGGUUACGUAGAUUUCCCCCUGAUCUAGGAGGAGGAGAGGGUACAGUUGACGGGGUAGGGGGCCCCCAGGGAGGGGCCUCCAAGGGGUCGGGGGGCACCCGAGAUAGGCCACAGGAAGGAGUGUCAUUGGGUAGCUGUGUUGAGACAGCACAGAAGCUCGUACGAUGUGCGGGGGCCCUAGCAGUAGCGGUACAAGGCUCGCGAGGGGGGCCCCCCUCUAUGGACAAUUUACUACAUAAUGGAGGGGAUUCCUUAGGUACCUCAGGUGUCGUGACACCUCGAGGGAGUGAAGGAGGCUGCAGCAACAAAGAUGGGCCCCUAGGGGGAGCUGCGGAUACACCUGAAAUAGAGAAGCGGCUGAGGCAGGAAGUUGCAAAAAGGCAGCAGCUGCAGCAGCAACUGCAGCACCAAGCAGCAGCAUUGCAGCGGAGGGUAUUAGAAUUAAAUGAAGAAUUAAAAGAAACAAAUAAAAGAAAUGAAGAACAAAGAGAAGCAGAAAGGCAAAGAGCUAAACAGGCAGGCAAUGAAGUUGUAGAUAGACUCAAGACACAACUUGCAAGAACAACACAACAACUCGAAACUAUUAGGCACCUCUACAAGGAGCUUCUGUCUAAUUACGAGAAGAGACAAAACCCUAUACUGCAAGAUGCAUCAGAGGAACUUUCAGGAGAGAAUAAAGAUCUUCUCCUCCAACUCCGCUCGUGGCAGGCAUCGCAUGCUGCCGUAUCUAACGCUCUGCAGGAGGCGUUAAGCGAGUUGGUAGAUUUAAGAGGCGACGCAGCUAGGGUUCAAGAACUCGAGAAAGAAUUAGAAAUGGUUAAGAAGGAUAGUGGAAGACUCGAAGAAAUACGCGAAAUACAAAGCCUUUCAGAAGUUGAAUUAAUAAAAGCACAUUCAGAAAGAGAUGAGAUGGAGAAAGAACUGCAAGAAACAAAAAUGGCUGUGGAGAAAUACGCGCGAGUCUUAAAGAGAGUUCAGACAGAUUGUGACUCAACCGUCAGCCGUCUACGCAGCGAAUUGGCGACAACACAAAAUGAAUUACAGGCGAUGAAAAGUGACAGCGGAGCGAACGAAGCACUUAAGACGCAAAUUAAGGAACUAGAGAAACGACUAGCAGAGACAGAACAACAAAGAGAUGAUGCAACAGCAACAGCAAAGAAAUAUGAAGAAGAUAAUAAAAUUAUCUCGUGA